UUGUGUUAAUCCCCUAAUUCCAAUUAUUUUGUACUCACAUUCUGUCUUCUUGUUAUACAAAAACUUCUCUUUUAUGUAAUUAACAGAUAUAUUAUAAAUUGUUCUUUUAUAAAAAAUUAAUUGGAUAAAAAUUAAUUUUGCUCAAAGUUUUCGAAAAUUUUGUUUAAAAUUUUAUUAUUUUUUUAUCCUUCAAAUAUUUUUAAAAUUAUUAAAAAAGUCUUUAAAUACAUAUUUUUAAUCUUUUCUUUUAGUAUUAUGGCUUCUUUAACUUUCGUUACCUCGGAAACAAAUGGAUCUAAUUUAUAAGGGAUAGCUUCUUCCUUUUCCCUUCCCUCAAAUACGUUGGAAUAUUAAUUCAAAAUAUUUAUUUUUUGUCCCUCAAAAAAAUCUUCCAAUGGAACAACAAAAACCAAUAACAAAUUUAUUUGAGGCAUUGAAACAAAUAUUUAUUGACCCUAAAUUACUUUCUCUUUAUGGGAUUACUUUUAUUGUUGCCCUUAUUUUGCCAUUUGGUAUGAGUUUUGUUUUGAGGAAGUGGAAUGACUACAAACGAGCGAAAUUAAUCAAAAAUUCAAAAUUAUUUGCAAAGAUUGAUGAAGACGAUGAAACAGUUAAAUUGCCAGAUGGAAUGACUGGAUUUUUUAACAAAUCCUUGAUGGAAUCCUUUCGACAAAAUGCUAAAAAUUCGGGAAUAUUACGAGAUGAAAAUUGUCCAUUUAUUUCGAGAGAUGAUUUAGUCGUUAUUAAAGAGGAGGAUUUGGGGGAAAAUAAAAAGAAUGGAGUAAAUGAAGCUUCUAAAAAUUUAAAAAGUGAAGAAGAAAAAGAUGAAGAAAAAGAAGAAGAAACUAUUAAUUAUUGUGAAGGAAAAGAUGAUGAGAAAAUGCCUUUAUUGGAAGGAAUUAAGAAUCCUCCAAAUAAAAAAGAGAAAAAGAAACGUAAACAAUUUAAAGAUCCCGAUCCAGAAACAGCACAAGCAUUAAAUAAAUUAGUCGAGAAUGGAUUACAUGGAAAACUUGCAACAGCCCAACUUCGAGUUAAAACUCAAAUGCUCGAACAGAGCAUGUCUGAAGAGGAACGAAUAAAGGUGAUAGAAAAUUAA